GGAGUGUGUCUGGGCUCGGUGCACAGCUCAUCUCCACUCCUCCUUCCUCAGAAAGCACAGGCGGAGGUGGAAGGGCUGGGCAAGGGGGUUGCCCGGCUCUCGGAGGAGGCCGAGAAGGUCCUGGCCCUGCCUGAGCCCUCCCCGGCCGCCCCCACGCUGCGCUCGGAGCUGGAGCUGACCCUGGUCAAGCUGGAGCAGGUCCGCAGCCUCUCCGCCAUUUACCUGGAGAAGCUCAAGACCAUCAGCCUGGUGAUCCGCAGCACACAGGGGGCCGAGGAGGUGCUGCGGGGCCACGAGGAGCAGCUCAAGGAGGCCCAGGCCGUGCCCUCCACCCUCCCGGAGCUCGAGGCCACCAAGGCUGCGCUCAAGAAGCUGCGGGCCCAGGCGGAGGCGCAGCAGCCCGUGUUCGACGCCCUGCGGGACGAACUGCGGGGGGCGCAGGAGGUGGGGGAGCGGCUGCAGCAGCGGCACGGCGAGCGGGACGUGGAGGUGGAGCGCUGGCGCGAGCGGGUGGCCCAGCUGCUGGAGCGCUGGCAGGCUGUGCUGGCCCAGAACGACCUGCGGCAGCGGGAGCUGGAGCAGCUGGGCCGGCAGCUGCGGUACUACCGGGAGAGCGCCGACCCGCUGGGCGCCUGGCUGCAGGACGCCAAGCAGCGGCAGGAGCAGAUCCAGGCCUUGCCGCUGGCCAACAGCCGGGCCGUGCGGGAGCAGCUGCGGCAGGAGAAGGCGCUGCUGGAGGAAGUUGAGCGCCACGGAGAGAAGGUGGAGGAGUGCCAGAGGUUUGCCAAGCAGUACAUCAACGCCAUCAAGGACUAUGAGCUCCAGCUGAUCACGUACAAGGGGCAGCUGGAGCCGGUGGCCUCUCCGGCCAAGAAGCCCAAGGUCCAGUCAGGGUCUGAGAGCGUCAUCCAGGAGUACGUGGACCUUCGCACGCGCUACAGCGAGCUGACCAUGCUGACGAGCCAGUACAUCAAGUUCCUCAGCGAGACGCUGCGGCGCAUGGAGGAGGAGGAGAGGUUGGCCGAGCAGCAGCGGGCAGAGGAGCGGGAGCGCCUGGCGGAGGUGGAGGCCGCGCUGGAGCAGCAGCGGCAGCUGGCGGAGACACACGCGCAGGCCAAGGCGCAGGCCGAGCGGGAGGCUCAGGAGCUGCAGCGGCGCAUGCAGGAGGAGGUGGUGCGGCGCGAGGAGGCCGCGGUGGACGCGCAGCAGCAGAAGCGCAGCAUCCAGGAGGAGCUGCAGCACCUGCGGCAGAGCUCGGAGGCCGAGAUCCAGGCCAAGGCCCAGCAGGCGGAGGAGGCCGAGCGCAGCCGUGUGCGCAUCGAGGAGGAGAUCCGCGUGGUGCGCCUGCAGCUGGAGACCACGGAGCGCCAGCGCAGCGGGGCCGAGGGCGAGCUCCAGGCCCUGCGGGCGCGGGCGGAGGAGGCCGAGGCGCAGAAGCGACAGGCGCAGGAGGAGGCGGAGCGCUUGCGGCGGCAGGUGCAGGAAGAGACUCAGCGCAAGCGGCAGGCGGAGGCCGAGCUGGCCCUGCGCGUGAAGGCGGAGGCGGAGGCCGCCCGGGAGAAGCAGCGGGCCCUGCAGGCGCUGGAGGAGCUGCGGCUGCAGGCGGAGGAGGCGGAUCGCCGUCUGCGGCAGGCGGAGGUCGAGCGGACCCGCCAGGUACAGGUGGCCCUGGAGACGGCCCAGCGCAGCGCCGCCGCGGAACUGCAGAGCAAGCGCGCCUCCUUCGCGGAGAAGACGGCCCAGCUGGAGCGCACCCUCCAGGAGGAGCACGUCACCGUGACGCAGCUGCGCGAGGAGGCGGAGCGGCACGCCCAGCAGCAGGCCGAGGCGGAGCGCGCCCGGGAGGAGGCCGAGAGGGAGCUGGAGCGCUGGCAGCUGAAGGCCAACGAGGCCCUGCGGCUGCGGCUGCAGGCGGAAGAGGUGGCGCAGCAGAAGAGCCUGGCGCAGGCCGAGGCGGAGAAGCAGAAGGAGGAGGCAGAGCGCGAGGCGCGGCGGCGGGGCAAGGCGGAGGAGCAGGCCGUGCGGCAGCGGGAGCUGGCCGAGCAGGAGCUGGAGAAGCAGCGGCAGCUGGCGGAGGGCACUGCCCAGCAGCGCCUGGCCGCAGAGCAGGAGCUUAUCCGGCUGCGGGCCGAGACCGAGCAGGGGGAGCAGCAGCGGCUGCUGCUGGAGGAGGAGCUGGGGCGGCUGCAGCGCGAGGCGGCCGAGGCCAAGCAGAAGCGCCAGGAGCUGGAGGCAGAGCUGGCCAAGGUGCGCGCAGAGAUGGAGGUGCUGCUGGCCAGUAAGGCCCGCGCCGAGGAGGAGUCGCGCUCCACCAACGAGAAGUCGAAGCAGCGGCUGGAAGCCGAGGCCGGGCGGUUCCGGGAGUUGGCAGAGGAGGCUGCCCGCUUGCGUGCCCUGGCGGAGGAGGCCAAGCGGCAGCGGCAGCUGGCGGAAGAAGACGCUGCGCGGCAGCGGGCGGAGGCGGAGCGGGUGCUCACUGAGAAGCUGGCCACCAUCAGCGAGGCCGCGCGGCUCAAGACAGAGGCCGAGAUCGCGCUGAAGGAGAAGGAGGCGGAAAACGAGCGCCUUCGGCGGCUGGCAGAGGACGAGGCCUUCCACCGGCGGCGGCUGGAGGAGCAGGCGGCCCAGCACAAGGCGGACAUUGAGGAGCGGCUGGCUCAGCUGCGCAAGGCCUCGGAGAGCGAGCUGGAGAGGCAGAAGGGGCUGGUGGAGGACACGCUGCGGCAGCGGCGGCAGGUGGAGGAAGAGAUCCUGGCCCUGAAGGCGAGCUUCGAGCGCGCGGCCGCUGGCAAGGCGGAGCUGGAGCUGGAGCUGGUGCGCAUCCGCAGCAACGCGGAGGACACGCAGCGCAGCAGGGAGCAAGCGGAGCUGGAGGCCACGCGGCAGCGGCAGCUGGCGGCCGAGGAGGAGCAGCGGCGCCGUGAGGCGGAGGAGCGUGUGCAGAAGAGCCUGGCGGCGGAGGAGGAGGCGGCGCGGCAACGUAAAGCGGCCUUGGAGGAAGUGGAGCGGCUCAAGGCCAAGGUGGAGGAGGCGCGGCGCCUGCGCGAGCGCGCGGAGCAGGAGUCGGCGCGUCAGCUGCAGCUGGCCCAGGAGGCGGCACAGAAGCGGCUGCAGGCGGAGGAGAAGGCGCACGUGUUCGCGGUGCAGCAGAAGGAGCAGGAGCUGCAGCAGACGCUGCAGCAGGAGCAGAGUGUGCUGGAGCGGCUGCGCGGCGAGGCAGAGGCCGCCCGGCGGGCCGCGGAAGAGGCCGAGGAGGCGCGGGAGCAGGCCGAGCGGGAAGCAGCGCAGUCCCGCCUGCAGGUGGAGGAGGCGGAGCGGCUGAAGCAGUCGGCGGAGCAAGAGGCGCAGGCCCGGGCGCAGGCACAGGCCUCCGCGGAGAAGCUGCGAAAGGAAGCCGAGCAGGAGGCGAAGCGGCGGGCGCAGGCGGAGCAGGCAGCCCUGCGGCAGAAGCAGGCGGCUGACGCGGAGAUGGAGAAGCACAAGAAGUUCGCGGAGCAGACGCUGCGGCAGAAGGCGCAGGUGGAGCAGGAGCUGACAACGCUGCGGCUGCAGCUGGAGGAGACCGACCACCAGAAGGGCAUCCUGGACGAGGAGCUGCAGCGGCUGAAGGCGGAGGUGACGGAGGCGGCGCGCCAGCGCAGCCAGGUGGAGGAGGAGCUCUUCUCGGUGCGCGUGCAGAUGGAGGAGCUGGGCAAGCUCAAGGCGCGAAUCGAGGCCGAAAACCGCGCGCUCAUCCUGCGCGACAAGGACAACACGCAGCGCUUCCUGGAGGAGGAGGCCGAGAAGAUGAAGCAGGUGGCGGAGGAGGCUGCGCGGCUGAGCGUGGCGGCCCAGGAGGCGGCGCGGCUGCGGCAGCUGGCGGAGGAGGACCUGGCGCAGCAGCGGGCGCUGGCCGAGAAGAUGCUCAAGGAGAAGAUGCAGGCGGUGCAGGAGGCCACGCGGCUCAAGGCUGAGGCCGAGCUGCUGCAGCAGCAGAAGGAGCUGGCGCAGGAGCAGGCCCGGCGCCUGCAGGAGGACAAGGCCCAGAUGGAGCAGCAGCUGGCGCAGGAGACGCAGGGCUUCCAGCGGACCCUGGAGGCCGAGCGGCAGCGGCAGCUGGAGAUGAGCGCCGAGGCCGAGCGCCUGAAGCUGCGCGUGGCCGAGAUGAGCCGGGCGCAGGCCCGCGCGGAGGAGGACGCCCAGCGCUUCCGGAAGCAGGCGGAGGAGAUCGGGGAGAAGCUGCACCGCACGGAGCUCGCCACGCAGGAGAAGGUGACUCUGGUGCAGACGCUGGAGAUCCAGCGGCAGCAGAGCGACCAGGAUGCCGGGCGCCUGCGGGAGGCCAUCGCCGAGCUGGAGCGCGAGAAGGAGAAGCUCAAACAGGAGGCCAGGUUGCUCCAGCUCAAGUCGGAGGAGAUGCAGACGGUGCAGCAGGAGCAGCUGCUGCAGGAGACGCAGGCCCUGCAGCAGACCUUCCUCUCGGAGAAGGACAGCCUGCUGCAGCGGGAGCACCUCAUCGAGCAGGAGAAGGCCAAGCUGGAGCGGCUGUUCCAGGACGAGGUGGCCAAGGCGAAGACGCUGCGGGAGGAGCAGCAGCGGCAGCAGCAGCAGAUGGAGCAGGAGAAGCAGCAGCUGGUGGCCAGCAUGGAGGAGGCCCGGCGGCGGCAGCGCGAGGCCGAGGAGGGCGUGCGGCGCAAGCAGGAGGAGCUGCAGCGCCUGGAGCAGCAGCGGCAGGCGCAGGAGAAGCUGCUGGCCGAGGAGAACCAGAAGCUGCGGGAGCGGCUGCAGCGGCUGGAGGAGGAGCACCGGGCCGCGCUGGCCCACUCCCAGGAGAUCGUGGCCUCGCAGGCCGCCGCGGCCGCCAAGACCCUGCCCAACGGCCGGGAGGCCCCCGAUGGCCCGGAGGCGGAGCCCGAGUUCGCCUUUGACGGGCUGCGGCGGAAGGUGCCGGCCCAGCGGCUGCAGGACGUGGGCGUCCUGCGCCCCGAGGAGCUGCAGCGGCUGGCGCAGGGCCGCACCACGGUGGCUGAGCUGGCUCAGCGGGAGGACGUGCGCCGCUACCUGCAGGGCAACAGCAGCAUCGCGGGCCUGCUGCUGGAGCCCGCCCGCGAGAAGCUGAGCGUGUACGCGGCCCUGCAGAGGCAGCUGCUGAGCCCGGGCACCGCCCUCAUCCUGCUGGAGGCCCAGGCGGCCUCGGGCUUCCUCAUCGACCCCGUGCGCAACCGGCGGCUGACGGUCAACGAGGCCGUGAAGGAGGGCCUGGUGGGCCCCGAGCUGCACCACAAGCUGCUGUCGGCCGAGCGGGCGGUCACCGGCUACAAGGACCCCUACACCGGGGAGCAGAUCUCCCUCUUCCAGGCCAUGAAGAAGGACCUGAUCGUGCGGGACCACGGCAUCCGCCUGCUGGAGGCCCAGAUCGCCACGGGCGGCAUCAUCGACCCCGUGCACAGCCACCGCGUGCCCGUGGAGGUGGCCUACAAGAACGGCUACUUCGACGAGGAGAUGAACCGCGUCCUGGCCGACCCCAGCGACGACACCAAGGGCUUCUUCGACCCCAACACGCACGAGAACCUCACGUACCUGCAGCUGCUGGAGCGCUGCGUGGAGGACCCCGAGACCGGCCUGCGCCUGCUGCCGCUCACCGAUCAGGCGGCCAAGGGCGGCGAGCUGGUCUACACCGACGCGGAGGCCCGGGACGUGUUCAGGAAGGCCACCAUCUCGGCCCCGUUCGGCAGCUUCCAGGGCCGGACGGUGACCAUCUGGGAGAUCAUCAACUCCGAGUACUUCACGGCGGAGCAGCGGCGGGACCUGCUCCGCCAGUUCCGCACGGGCAAGGUCACCGUGGAGAAGAUCAUCAAGAUCGUCAUCACCGUGGUCGAGGAGCACGAGCAGAAGGGACAGCUGUGCUUCGAGGGCCUGCGCGCCCUGGUCCCCGCCGCCGAGCUGCUGGAGAGCAGGGUCAUCAACCGCGACCUCCUCCGCCAGCUGCAGCAGGGCGAGCGCUCGGUGCGCGAGGUGGCGGAGCUGGACGCCGUGCGGCAGGCCCUGCGGGGCAGCGACGUCAUCGCGGGCGUGUGGCUGGAAGAGGCAGGGCAGAAGAUGAGCCUCUACGAGGCCCUGAAGAGGGACCUGCUGCAGCCGGAGGCGGCCGUGGCCCUGCUGGAGGCCCAGGCCGGCACCGGGCACAUCAUCGACCCCGCCACCAGCACCCGGCUGACCGUGGACGAGGCCGUGCGCGCCAGCCUGGUGGGGCCCGAGCUGCACGAGAGGCUGCUGUCGGCCGAGAAGGCCGUGACCGGCUACAAGGACCCCUACUCGGGCCAGAGCGUCUCCCUGUUCCAGGCCCUGAAGAAGGGCCUCAUCCCCAGGGAGCAGGGCCUCCGUCUGCUGGACGCCCAGCUGUCCACGGGCGGCAUCGUGGACCCCAGCAAGAGCCACCGCGUGCCCCUGGACGUGGCCUACACCCGGGGCUUCCUGGACAAGGAGACCCGCAAAGUGCUGAAGGGGCCCAGGGACGAGGCCAAGACCUACGUCGACCCCCGGACGCGGGAGCCGGCCACCUACGGCCAGCUGCAGCAGCAGUGCCGGCCCGACCCGCUGACGGGGCUGAGCCUGCUGCCGCUCUCGGAGAAGGCCGCCCGGGCCCGGCAGGACGAGCUCUACUCCGAGCUCCAGGCCCGCGAGGCCUUCGAGAAGGCCACGGUCGAGGUCCCCGCGGGCAGCUUCCAGGGCCGGACGGUGACGGUCUGGGAGCUCAUCCACUCCGAGUACUUCACGGAGGAGCAGCGGCGGGAGCUGCUGCAGCAGUACCGCACGGGCAAGGUCACCGUGGAGAAGAUCCUCAAGAUCGUCAUCACCAUCGUGGAGGAGGUGGAGACGGUGCGGAGGGAGCGGCUCUCCUUCAGCGGCCUCCGCGCCCCCGUGCUGGCCAGCGAGCUCCUGGCCUCCGGGGUGCUCAGCCAGGCCCAGUUUGAGCAGCUCCAGGAAGGCAAGACGUCGGUCAAGGACCUGUCGGAGGUGGACUCCGUGCGGACGCUCCUCCAGGGCAGCGGCUGCCUCGCCGGCGUCUACCUGGAGGACUCCAAGGAGAAGGUGACCAUCUACGAGGCCAUGCGGCGCGGCCUGCUCAGGCCCAGCACGGCCACGCUCCUGCUCGAGGCCCAGGCGGCCACCGGCUUCCUGGUGGACCCCGUGCGGAACCAGCGGCUGUACGUGCACGAGGCCGUGAAGGCGGGCGUCGUGGGCCCCGAGCUGCACGAGAGGCUGCUGUCGGCCGAGAAGGCCGUGACGGGCUACAAGGACCCCUACUCGGGCAGCACCAUCUCCCUCUUCCAGGCCAUGAAGAAGGGCCUGAUCGUGCGGGAACACGGCAUCCGCCUGCUGGAGGCCCAGAUCGCCACGGGCGGCAUCAUCGACCCCGUGCACAGCCACCGCCUCCCCGUGCACGUGGCCUACCAGCGCGGCUACUUCGACGAGGAGAUGAACCGCGUCCUGGCCGACCCCAGCGACGACACCAAGGGCUUCUUCGACCCCAACACGCACGAGAACCUCACGUACCUGCAGCUGCUGGAGCGCUGCGUGCGCGACCCCGAGACCGGCCUGCGCCUGCUGCCGCUGAAGGGGGCGGAGAAGGCGGAGGUGGUGGAGACCACACAGGUGUACACGGAGGAGGAGACGCGCAAGGCCUUCGAGGAGACGCAGAUUGAAAUCCCGGGCGGCGGCGGCGGCGGCGGCGGCCCCGGCGGCUCCACCAUGUCGCUGUGGGAGGUGAUGCAGUCGGACCUGAUCCCCGAGGAUCAGCGGACCCGGCUGAUGGCCGACUUCCAGGCCGGCCGGGUGACCAAGGAGCGUAUGAUCAUCAUCAUCAUCGAGAUCAUCGAGAAGACGGAGAUCGUCCGCCAGCAGAACCUGGCCUCCUACGACUACGUGCGCCGCCGCCUCACGGCCGAGGACCUGUACGAGGCGCGCAUCAUCUCCCGCGAGGCCUGCCGCCUGCUCCGGGAAGGCACCAAGAGCCUGCGGGAGGUGCUCGAGGCCGAGUCCGCCUGGCGCUUCCUCUACGGCACGGGCUGCGUGGCCGGCGUGUACCUGCCCGGCUCCCAGCAGACGCUCACCGUCUACCAGGCCCUCAAGAAGGGGCUGCUGAGCGCCGAGGUGGCCCGGCUGCUGCUGGAGGCCCAGGCGGCCACGGGCUUCCUGCUGGACCCCGUGAAGGGCGAGCGGCUGACGGUGGACGAGGCCGUGCGGAAGGGGCUGGUGGGCCCCGAGCUGCAUGACCGGCUGCUGUCGGCCGAGCGGGCCGUGACCGGCUACCGUGACCCCUACACGGAGCAGCCCAUCUCGCUCUUCCAGGCCAUGAAGAAGGACCUGAUCCCCGCCGAGGAGGCGCUGCGGCUGCUGGACGCCCAGCUGGCGACGGGCGGCAUCGUGGACCCGCGCCUGGGCUUCCACCUGCCGCUGGAGGUGGCCUACCAGCGCGGCUACCUCAACAAGGACACGCACGACCGGCUGUCGGAGCCCAGCGAGGUGCGCGCCUACCUGGACCCCUCCACGGACGAGCGCCUCAGCUACACGCAGCUGCUCCGGCGCUGCCGCCGCGACGACGGCAGCGGCCAGCUGCUCCUGCCGCUCUCGGACGCCCGCAAGCUGACCUUCCAGGGGCUGCGCAAGCAGAUCACCGUGGAGGAGCUGGUGCGCUCGCGGGUCAUGGACGAGGCCACGGCGCGGCAGCUGCAGGAGGGCCUGGCCUCCGUGGAGGAGGUCACCAAGACCCUGCAGAAGUUCCUCGAGGGCACCAGCUGCAUCGCCGGCGUGCUGGUCGACGCCACCAAGGAGCGGCUGUCCGUGUACCAGGCCAUGAAGAAGGGCAUCAUCCGCCCGGGCACGGCCUUCGAGCUCCUGGAGGCCCAGGCGGCCACCGGCUACGUCAUCGACCCCAUCAAGGGGCUCAAGCUGACCGUGGAGGAGGCCGUGCGCAUGGGCAUCGUGGGCCCCGAGUUCAAGGACAAGCUGCUGUCGGCCGAGCGGGCGGUGACCGGCUACAGGGACCCCUACACCGGGAAGCUCAUCUCCCUCUUCCAGGCCAUGAAGAAGGGCCUCAUCCUGAAGGACCACGGCAUCCGCCUGCUGGAGGCCCAGAUCGCCACGGGCGGCAUCAUCGACCCCGAGGAGAGCCACCGGCUGCCCGUGGAGGUGGCCUACCAGCGCGGCCUCUUCGACGAGGAGAUGAACGAGAUCCUGACCGACCCCUCGGACGACACCAAGGGCUUCUUCGACCCCAACACGGAGGAGAACCUCACGUACCUGCAGCUGAUGGAGCGCUGCGUCCCCGACCCGCAGACCGGCCUGUGCCUCCUGCCGCUGAAGGAGAAGAAGCGGGAGCGGAAGACGUCCUCCAAGUCCUCGGUGCGCAAGCGCCGCGUGGUGAUCGUGGACCCCGAGACGGGCAAGGAGAUGUCGGUGAACGAGGCCUACCGCAAGGGCCUCAUCGACCACCAGACCUACCUGGAGCUGUCGGAGCAGGAGUGCGAGUGGGAGGAGAUCACCAUCUCCUCCUCGGACGGCGUGGUCAAGUCCAUGAUCAUCGACCGCCGCUCCGGCCGCCAGUACGACAUCGACGAGGCCAUCACCAAGAACCUCAUCGACCGCUCCGUGCUGGACCAGUACCGGGCCGGCACGCUCUCCAUCACUGAGUUCGCCGACAUGCUCUCGGGCAACGCCGGCGGCUUCCGCUCCCGCUCGUCCUCCGUGGGGUCCUCCUCUUCCUACCCCAUCAGCCCGGCCGCCUCCCGGACCCAGCUGGCCUCCUGGUCCGACCCCGCCGAGGAGACGGGCCCCGUGGCCGGCAUCCUGGACACGGAGACGCUGGAGAAGGUGUCCAUCACGGAGGCCAUGCACCGCAACCUGGUGGACAACAUCACGGGGCAGCGGCUGCUGGAGGCGCAGGCCUGCACCGGCGGCAUCAUCGACCCCGGCACCGGCGAGCGCUUCCCCGUCGCCGACGCCGUCGGCAAGGGCCUGGUGGACAAGGUCAUGGUGGACCGCAUCAACCUGGCCCAGAAGGCCUUCCACGGCUUCGAGGACCCGCGCACCAAGACCAAGAUGUCGGCCGCCCAGGCCCUGAAGAAGGGCUGGCUGUACUACGAGGCCGGCCAGCGCUUCCUGGAGGUGCAGUACCUGACGGGCGGCCUGAUCGAGCCCGACACGCCCGGCCGCGUGCCCCUCGACGAGGCGCUGCAGCGCGGCACGGUGGACGCCCGCACGGCCCAGAAACUGCGGGACGUGGGCGCCUACGCCAAGUACCUCACCUGCCCCAAGACGAAGCUCAAGAUCUCCUACAAGGACGCGCUGGACCGCAGCAUGGUGGAGGAGGGCACGGGGCUGCGGCUGCUGGAGGCGGCCGCCCAGUCCAGCAAGGGCUACUACAGCCCCUACAGCGUCAGCGGCUCCGGCUCCAGCGGCUCCCGCACCGGCUCCCGCACCGGCUCCCGGGACGCUCCGCCGGGCAGCUCGACGCACGGCUCGGCUUCUCCAUGA